AUGAAAAGUUCCUCUUUAACUGAAGUCAGCUCCCCCUUCACUGCGGUCAGCUCCCCCUUCGUUGCUGCCAACUCCCUCUCCCUCUCACCCACCACAGCAGCAGUCGCCACACUCCUCUCGCCCACGACAACCAGUGCACGCCUCAGCUCAUUCAUCUCAUUCUCCAGAACCCGAUUUCUCUCAUUCAGUAUCACCACGAGCUCCUUCUGUCGGGCCACCUCCUCCCUGACCACUGUCAUCUCCCCCCUCAAUGCUGCCAACUCCCCUCUCACUAAUCCGAACAGUCCAUUUACUGCCUCACUUAUCACGCUUGCCUCCCUCUCGAUAGCCAUAACUGCCGCACGCACUGCAGAAAUUUCUCGCGCCGCUGCUGAGUCGCUUCAAGAGCCGCGGAAACGCGCCGAAACCCUAAUCAGAGACACUCACGCUGUCACUCUUCCAGGCUCUGGCCGACCUAGCCUGUGGGCCCAUCUCAGCGCGUGA